AUCCGGUCUUCAUCUGACUGUUUAACUUUUUUUGGUGGGGGGCUUUGAGAAGAAACGGCUCAUGCAGCUGAUACAGUAGCUGUUCUUCAUGAAGAAAGUGAACAUCAGUCAUCGGACUUUGUGAAGAGGAUCCCUGCGACUAUAGGUCAGAGUUUGCUUCUUGGAUGCAGCACUAUGAAUGGGUUAGAGAGCAGAGCGUAAGAGGAAGUGCUGGUCACCAGAGCAAAAACAUAUCAAGGUCUGUGAUGCGAAGCGGAGAGAGCUUCUGUGAAUAUCGUGACGGGGACAUGGGAUGUCUCUGACUGUGCAGCGAAAUCAACAUGACUUUCAUUCUGCCCUCAGUCUGGUAACAAGUGAAGACGUCGUCCAGCUUGAAGCAACAUCCGGCACCCAAUAAAAAGAGAAAGAGGGUGGAACAAAGGGAGGAGACAGAAGAAGAAUAAGCGAGAGAGAGAGAAAAGGAGAGACUAGAGAGGUAAAGUGGGGACGAGAGAAGAAAGAAACCCACAUUUUUACAGAUGGAUCUGGGUGUGCUCAAGGCUCUGGAGAGAGAGAAGGUUCUGGAGGUUCUUCAGAGAGACAAACUUUUACGCAGCACGGAUGACGACAGGAUAAGGAGGCUGAAGACGGAGCUACAGGAGAUCCGAAGGAAAGGUGCCAAGAGUUUUGCCCGGCAGUACAGCGAAAGGACUUGCGCCCGCUGUCAGAGGCCGCUGGGAAUGUUCUGGAACUCGGGCGCCGUGUGCCGAGGCUGCAGCCACCGCGUCUGCAACAAGUGUCGCGUGGGCGUGUCCGCCCUGGACUGGAAGUGUACCGUCUGCCACGCCUACAGGAAGGUUAAGAUCAGGUCCGGGGAGUGGUUUUUGGAAGAAAGGGACAAGAAAUUUCCACCUGACUCGGAAAGGCAUGAGACUGUUGGGGAGAAGCUACUAAAGUCUUACCAGAGGUUGAGUCACAUAACAGUCGUUCCGCCAACCGCUCCACCAUAUUACGAUGGUCCAUCCUUCAGCAGAUCAGGGGGACUGAACAAUUCCUUUAAAAAACCAUUCACCAAGUCUAUGGAGGACCUGAUGGUUUCCCUCACAAGUCACAUGAGAAGGUUCUCCAGGUCGCAACAGGAUGUACGAGUGGAACAGGAUCUUCUCACAGUGGACAACAGGCAGGGACAGAGCACUGGCUGGAAAAGCCUCUCUGACACAAACAUCAACAAAUACAACAAUCUUACCAAAGGCCCCAGUCUUACCAACCUGUUCAAGAAGACCCGGAAUGAUGACCAGAGCAGUUCCUCGUCAGGGGGGGACGAGGACCUUUCCCUGGGUUCAGAGUACUCAUGGGGAAAGAGGGGCAGUAGUGCUAGUAGCACUGGUACAGACUGUGGUCUCUUGGAGAUCAACAGAGUGACAGGGGAGCUAAAGCUCGCUAUCGCCUUCAACCACAUCACUUCCUGCCUGGAGAUCACAAUAAACAGCUGCAGAAACCUGGCGUAUGGAGAUAUCAAGAGGAAGAAGUGUCACCCGUACGUUAAAGUCUACCUACUGUCAGAGAAGUCUCAGAGCAGCAAACUGAAGACAACUAUCAAGAGGAACACAACGGAUCCCAUUUAUAAUGAAAUUUUACAGUGCCAGAUGGAGAGCCCCUUGUUGCCCAGGAGUACUCUGCAGGUGUCUGUGUGGCACUCUGCGACCCUGAAGAAGAAGGUGUUUCUGGGAGAGGUCCUCGUCCUGCUGGAGGGCUGUAUAUUUAAGGACAGCACCACCCAGGGCUCCAACUGGUACCCCCUGUGUCCAAAGCCUGCGAGUCCAGAAGGGAAUGCAGUAGAGCAGGAUACAGCAGGAGAACUGCUGGUCAGAAUGAAGUUCACCUCCUUGUCCCAGCCGUCCUGGGUUUGCCACACAGAUGCGGUUCAUAUUGGACCACAUGAUGUUGGUCAACUGACUGUUCUUGUCACUGGUGAAAAUCUGCCCACUAAAGCAAACAACAGUCAGGACACAUGUAUGAUUAGUGUGUGCUUGACUCUUCCCGGGCCCAGAGAGCUGGUCCAGAGGACCCCUGUCGUGAAGAGGCCCAGUCCGGCGUGGUCUCACCAGCUGCUCUUCAGAGUCACGCCCUAUGACCUCCAGAUCUGCACUCUGGAGCUUGACCUCUGGGACCAUGCCCCCUUUACCUUCUCAGACCGCCUCCUGGGCUGGGUCAGAAUGGAAGCCGGGUCAUCAUGGCAACUGGUGCUGCAGACACCCAACAUGUGGCAUGACUUCAGUUUACCCAUGCAAGCCAACAUCAACAGCAGGAGAACAUGAUGUCAGAGUCAACAGGGAGAAAAAGCACCUGGACUGGACACGGUCUCCCCACAAGAAAAACCUUGGCACUUUAAGGGCUCUAUUCAAUCUGUAUCGCAGAAAUUCAGUGUACUUUAAAGGCAAUGCUCCCACAUUAGCGGAGUCUGCAUUUACGGUAAACGUUGCGGAUGUCAGCUCAAUAUGAAAUUACUUUUACAUUUCUGCAAUACAGACUGAAUAGAGCCCCUACUUUACCUUUACCUCUAUUUGCACUGACUUUCAGGCUCUUGCUUAGUGAAAGUCCCUCCUAUUAACUAUUUAUGUAUUAAAAGGAUGUUCUACUCAAAAGGAAACCUACUGUUUUUAAAGGGACGUUCCACUCAAAUACAACCCAACAUGAUUUUUAAACUUUCCUUGGAAAAUGGCCUACAACUGAGGUGUUCAAGUGGAAAAUCAUGUUAAGUUGUAUUUUGAGGGGAAUAUUCCUUGUGCUUUAAGCAUGCUCACCUGAUAACAUUGAAUGAAUGAAAGUCAUUAAACGUCUAAGAAAGUGACUGUCUACAACAUAAGAAAACAUGUGGUUGUCUCAUUCUUUCUUAGUUUCUUCUUG